GCUUAUAGUCUCACUCUCUCUAAAAAGUCUCUUCUUGGUUUUAGUGUUACAAAUCUUUGUUCAUUCUGCUGCUUUUGAGGAGGGUUUUGGCUACUCUCUCUCUCUUCUUCUUCUUUAUCAAGAUGGAAAACCAAGAUCACAGAAAGAACGAUACACAAGGGCAUGAGAGCCAUGGGGUACAUGUUUGUCACAAAUGUGGGUGGCCGUUUCCAAAUCCGCAUCCAAGUGCAAGACACAGGCGUGCUCACAAGAAGAUCUGUGGAACCAUUGAAGGAUAUAAGCUUGUUGAUUCAGAGGGUUCUGCCCAUUCAAUUGUUUCUGAUGAUGAGCACUUAUCUGAUGAAGAUCACAAAACCCCUGGUUCGAGAAUUGUGGAGAGAGGUAACGAUGAGAAAGGUAGUAUUGAAAUUGGUGAGAGAUCAGCUAGAUCAGAAGACGAGGUAUUUUCAGAUGCAGUUGCAGAAUUUUCAGAUAGUGGAUCUGGGAAGGGGAUCGAAGAGUCUCCAGAGGAUGUUAAGAAGCCAGUGAAGUAUCUGGAAACUGUUGCAGAUAAUGAUAAAAGGACCACUUUAUCAUAUGAGGAUGGUGCAAUUACUGCUACCAUUCCAUCUCUAAGCAAUUCAGGUGACAGCAGCCAAUUGCAAAAUUCUGAACAAGGAAGUUAUCUGUCUGGAAGUGCACAAGAGUCCCAAGACCAUGUCUCAAGUGCUACCGCCGACUUCAGAGAAAGAGCUUUAACCGAUUUUAGAACUGAAGGAUCUGUUUACAAGCCCAGUGAUGAUGAAGGGGGUUCUACAUAUGACAAAAACCCCGUUCAACUUGAGGCCCAGUCAGAUGCAUCACAGGGGAACAAUGAGAAAACUGCUAAUAGUGGGGACUUGACAGAGGCUGAUACAAAAGGAAAUGGAGAAACUCAGACUAACAAGAAAAAUGAUGGUGAUUACUUGGCUGAGAUUAGAACAAGUGAAAAUGAAGAAACCGAGUUGGAUAGACCCCUUCUAAAUGUUAAGGACUCAGCCAGUGAUAAUGUUAGUGAGGCAUCUGAGACAUUGCCUAAGUCAGGGGAAACAGAUAUCACCUCAGAUCCUGCAAUAGCUGCUGGAGUUGGUCAAUUGAAGGAAUCACCUAAAGAUGAGUUAGACUCUGAGAUAAAUUUAAGUGUCCUCUCUCCUGAACUGGAAUCUGUUGAACAUUUAAAUACUUCUACUGGUACUGUUGAGAUCAACAAGGGAGAUGCUUUGGUAAUGGCCUCUGCCAGUUCUGGCAAGUCAAUGGAGAGUUAUGAAGGAAAGAGAGAAGGAAAUGACAAUUUUCAUGUGUUUUCGGUUCCUGAAGAUAUACCUGUAGCGGAGAAUGCUGACAGCAUAAUUAGAGGUUAUAAAGAUAAUAAAGGAGGAAAAUUGCCUCAAUUAGUUGGUACUGACUUGUUUAUUAAUGAUAGAACAAUUUGCUCAUUGAACGAAGGCACAGAGGUCUCUGCUUCAGAUAUGCAUGGUUUGAAAGAUAUCCUUGAAGAGAAAAGUGGAAGCAAUGAGCCUAUUAUUGAAAAUUUUUCUGAUGACGCAGAAGCUGGCAUGCAUCAGAUUGAAGUCACUAUUAAUCAAAUCCAAAUGACAGAAGAAUUUGGUGCCCCUAAAGAUGUUGCAACUGAGGUUGACAAAAGCCGUACUGCUCAAUUCCCUGAAGAAAAAAAGCUACCUGAUGAUCAUUGUAAAUCACAGACAAUUUCUGCAGAACACGUGACGGAGGCCUUAUUUGAUAUGAAUACAGCAGCUGGACCAGUUGAUGCUGAAGUCAGGCAGACAACCAAUUUAGUUUGUCUUGGUGGUCCUGGUGAUUAUGACAAGGGUGGGAUCAAAAGAUGUGAUAUAGCUGAAAACAAGGAGGACAAAAGAAUUACAGAGAAGAGUUAUAUAGAAAAUAUAGUAGUAACUUCAGAACCCCCUAAUGUUCUCUCUGAACUUGAUAGACGUACCAACUCAAUUGGAGGUGAUGCUGCUGAUCACGAUGAAGCUAAAGUUGAAAGCUACUAUUUGCCUAAAAUUGAUACUGGGGAAGAUAAUUCUAAAUUACGAUCUCUGGAGGGAAAUCUUUCAGUGACGACAAAAAAUGUGCCUGAAUCUGCUAGAGAUCUUCUGGAAUCUAAUGUUGCUGCAGAGAAUGUAUCAGAACAUGAAUGCGUACACUUGAGUGGAGUGUCUGAUAAUCAAGAAGAUAGAAAGGAGCUUCAAAGCAAUGACAACAUAAAUGGAGAGGUACAAGUGGAGGGUAUUGAUAGAGUUACUGCAGCUGUUGAAUCAAUUAAUGCUGGAGAAAAUGACACAUUACAGAAGUCUUCAAAUGAUGUUGGAGAUUUUGAGGUGUUACCAAAGCCUUCAGAUAAAAUUGAUGAUUCUGGGGUAUUUCAGAAAUCUUCAGAAGAAGACAUGAAGAAAGAGCCUCAGCUUUCUCCUUUAGAUGCUUCAUCAUCUAUUCAAAAUUGUGCCACUGUUGGAGAUAAUCUUGCUAGUGACUUUGUUGUGGGUGUGUCUGAGAAUCGAUCCAAGUUUUCUCCUGAUGAAUGUGAAAAUAAAUUUGUUGCACUACAGCUUGGUACAUCUGCAGCUGACUUUUCUGAUAAUCAGGAAGAUAUAAAGGAGUUUCAAAGCAAUGACAAUAGAAAUGGAGAGGUGCAAGUGGAGGGUAUUGAUAGAGUUAGUUCAGCUGUUGAAUCAAUUAAUGCUGAAGAAAAUGACACAUUACGGAAGUGUUCAAAUAAUGUUGGAGAUUUUGAGGUGUUACUAAAGCCUUCAGAUAAAAUUGACGAUUCUGGGGUAUUUCACAAAUCUUCAGAAGAAGACAUGAAGAAAGAGCCUCAACUUUCUCCUUUGGAUGCUUCAUCUUCUAUUCAAAAUUGUUCCACUGUUGGAUAUAAUCUUGCUAGAGACAUUGUUGGGGGUCCAUCCCAGAAUCGAUCUGAGUCUUCUCUUGAUGAACGUGAAAAUAAAUUUGUUGCACAACAGCUCGGUGCAUCUGCAGCUGACUUUUCUGUUGAUUCAGGGAGCCAAACAGAUAGCUUGGAAGGUCACUGGGGCUCUGUAUCGGUGCUUUCUACGCAGUCAGAUAUGCCUGCCACUGUCAAUGCUGAGCCUUUGGCAUCAAAUGGUUCAAAACCAACAGUAGAAGCAGAGGAAGCUGACUUGAAGAAGCCAAAAGCUUUACCAGAGAGACAGCAUUCUGACAAAUCAGAUAUCUUUGAGCCUCCAUCUUUCAUGACAUUGGUAGAACCUAAAGGAGACAAAGCCACAGAUUCUGAUAUCCAGACAGCACAGAAUAUGCAACAGCCAAAAACUGCAUCUCUGCAAGCGGGUUGGUUUCCAUCUCUUACUCAUGUUGUAAAUGAGUCACAAGGACGAAAGAAGAAUGAAGAAAUAAUCCAAAAGGUCACAAACUGGAGCACCGGGAAACAACACACGCCAUUGAAGAACCUUUUAGGUGAGGCGAUCACUGAAACCAAAUCCAAAUCAUCAAAUGCCAAGGAACCCCCACUCCUGGUAGUUCAAAAAGAUGAAAGUGGUACAAAGGGUAACAGCGCUUCAGCCACAACGGUGAACCCAAUUCUGGGCUCUGAAAUGCCGGUAGCAGAGCCCGUUAAGAAAGAAGCAGGAAAAGAAUGGAAUUCUCCAGCAAGGUAUCCUGCGGACAUCAAGAGAGAGAAGAGGAAAGUCAAAGGAAGACCAUACUGGGCACAAUUUAUAUGCUGUUCUUCUCUAAACUAGGACAUUGAACAAGUAUAAUGUAGAGAUAAGAUACAUUUUAGUGAAGAUUACGUUACUAAGUUAAGCUCACUGUUGCAAAUUUAGUAGAUAUAUCGGUUAUAGUUUUGAAUCUUAUAUGGACAAGAAUAUUCAAGUCCAAAAGUAUCAGUUAUAACUCU